CGCGGCACUCAUACGCAGUCUGACGUAUGCGGCUCUCGAUUUUUUUAAAUCCAACAUAAAACCUGUACUAAUCAGUUUCCACCAUCGUUUACUAGUAGAUCUUAGAACAAAACAGGCGGAUUCUCCAGUUUGAUUGAUUAAUCCAUGGAUGGAACUCCAUCAUCUGCGAGGUACUGGGAGUCAUCUUAAAAGUAGACAAUCAAUUGAUAAGUGGUAUGACCACUCGAUAGUGUACUGUGCAUGCUCAUGCUCAAAAUGAUAAGGACUCAUAACAUGUUCAGCAUGGUUCAAGCUAUUACUGUCCUGACUAUUCUCAAAAUGCUCGCCAAUGCCCAAACGACCUGCAACGGCGGGGCAGGAAGAGUCGUUUAUGAGAGAUUACCAGAUCAACAACUUCAAGGAUUCGACGAUGAAGUGAUACGAGACUCGGCCCCGCCAUUCAGAGUUCUUGAAAAGUGUCAAGACCUGUGUCUACGUGAUCGCAGCAACUCUAAUAAUUUACCACGAGCUUGUACCUCCAUUGACUUUCAACCAGGAAGUCGAAUAGCCUCUUUCAAUGGUGCUGCUGAGUACGAGGAGAGCACGUGUUACUUGACAAGAGAACAAGCCCUGCCAGAGGGAAUAGGAAAUCUAAUGCUGGUACCCAAUAGUGUGCACUUUGUCGAAGUCUGCCUCAAUUCUAAUCAAAUCGAGAGAUAUUGCCCGAACCGUCGGUACGUCUUUGAGAGACAUGCCAGGAAGAAACUGAAACUUCCAGCCACUGACGUCAAGGAAGUCAGUGCAGCUAACAGAACUGUCUGCGAGGACAGGUGUCUAAAUGAAUUUAGUUUUGUUUGCCGCUCAGCUUCUUUUGACUCGAUGACACGCAGCUGUUUGUUGAGUCGAUUCACCCGGAGAACUCACCCGGAAUUACUCGAGGAUGAUUCAAACUCUGAUUACCUGGAGAAUACAUGUUUAAAUGCUGAACGUCGCUGCGACGGACUGGCGGUUUUCGUAAAGGAAGAGAAUAAGCGGUUGCGAGGUCCUUUCGAGGUUGACAUUUACACGAAUGUCACAUUAGAUGAGUGUCAGGCGUUGUGUCUUCGUGCAGAGAAAUAUUUCUGUCGUAGUGUUGAGUACGAUGAGCAGACCCGACAGUGUGUCAUCUCCGAGGAGGACUCUGUCUCCCAGAAGGACGACAUUGGUAUGAGCGGGAGUCCAUCCUACCAUUUCUACGAUUUAGUCUGUCUAGACAAUCCUCGUGGUUCGGAGUAUCCUGAUAACAAUGUCGCCGCCCAUCUCUACCCAGAUGGUCGACGUCCUGAUACUGCCUUCCAGCGGUAUCGGAAUUCCCGGCUCAGUGGUGAAUUCCACUCGGAAAUCACAGGUAGAAGUCUCAGCGAAUGUCUGGACGAGUGUUUGAGACAGACCAGUUUUCAGUGCCGGAGUGCUGUGUUCUCUGAACACUAUCACAUCUGUCGCUUGAGCAGAUUUAACCAACGGGAUGGGCAUCGAAUAAUCUACGACGCUGAUUACGAUUAUUACGAGAAUCUUAUGCAUCAAUAUUUAGACGGAGAGAGAGAUAAUCCGAGUUAUCGACCGGAUCCUGUGGGUCAGGAUACGAACGUGGGGCGACCACUCCUCGGACGUCCUGGAUAUCCAGACGAUUACGACAAGAAUUACCCGAGUCCUCACGGUGAUCGAUACCCAGAUCACUACCCCUUACCUGGGGAGAGAUACCCGAGUAGUAAAUAUCCGAAUUAUUACCCUGAUGAUCGGUACCCAGAGUCGAAGCCCGAGAGGUAUCCCGGUGAUCGUUAUCCACUGGACAGAUAUCCACCAGUGGGGGACAGAUAUCCAAUACGUGGUGACCGGUGGCCCGCCAACGGGGAGAGCUACCCCAGUCCAGGGUACUCAGGGAAUCGGUACCCCCCGUUCGGUAAUCGGUAUCCGUCGGGCACUGGGAGUCGAUAUCCCAUCAGAGAUGAUUACCCGAGCCCUGGUGGUCGUUAUCCCGUACCCGAGGAUCCUCUGACUCGUUAUCCUAGUGCUGGGGGAGCUAGGUUACCUCCGGGAAGAUAUCCUGGAGAUCGCUAUCCUGAGAAAGACCCAUAUCCACAUAGAGACAGAUACAAUCCGUACUUGGGAGGGAACGGAUUGUAUCCCGGAUAUGAAGAGGACGUGCGUGGUACGAAGGGUUACGAACGUCCGCACUACGCCGGUCCUGGACCACUUCCUGUAAGACCAAUCGGCGUGGGCGGAUACGACGGGAAUGGAAUGGACGGAUUCAUGACCGAUGGAGAUGUCUACAAUGCACGACCUGUUGGCACUGCUGGUGGUCCGAUUAUUGGACGACCACCUCUACUUUCUCGUUGCGAUGAACAGGAGAAUUUCCGCCAAGUCAGCCAGGGAAUGCGCGUUCGCAAGUCCUUCGUCAGAAGAUAUACAACUGCAUCUACAUUACCCGAGUGUGAAAGGGAAUGCGCUGAUGCUCGGGAUUUUGUAUGCAGAUCCUUCAAUUAUCGUUCGUAUGCUGCACCGUAUGGAGCUGAGCGAGAUAACUGCGAGCUCAGUGAUCGAGACUCCAGGGAUAUGGCUAUGGGGAAUCCCAUUUAUUAUGAUUCAACCUCGGAUUAUGAUUUUUACGAGCGAAAUAAUGGCAGGCAGGGCGUUGAUGGCGAAUGUCUCGAUGUGAGCCAAGUGUGCAAUGAAGAUGGAAUGGAGUUUACGUUGAGGACUCCCGAGGGAUUCAUUGGUAGAAUUUACACCUACGGCUACUACGAUCGCUGUUUCUUCCGGGGAAAUGGAGGUACCGUGAAUGUCUUGAGGAUCAGUGGUGCCCAGGGGUAUCCUGAAUGCGGCACUCAAAGGUACGGAGACACAAUGACGAAUAUUGUUGUGGUACAAUUCUCGGAUUACGUCCAAACCGGAAGGGAUAAACGCUUCAACCUCACCUGUCUCUUCCGCGGUCCUGGUGAAGCAGUGGUCACUUCCGGCUACAUAGGCGCUGGGUAUGACAGUAGGUCCGGUUCUCCCAUUCCGAUCGAGUAUUUGCCGGCUGAGAAUACAUUGAGCUCGAAGGUGCGAUUAUUAAUUCUCUACCAGGGGAGACCGACUACUACCAUUGCCGUCGGGGAUCCUCUCACCUUCAGACUCGAGGCUCAGGAUGGGUACAAUUACAUCAGCGAUAUUUUCGCAACGAAUGUCAUCGCUCGGGAUCCUUACUCCGGCCGGAGUGUACAGCUGAUUGAUCGAUAUGGUUGCCCAGUGGACAAUUACGUUUUCCCAGGACUCGAUCGUUUGCGUGAAGGUGAUAGUCUCGAAGCUCGUUUCAAUGCCUUCAAAAUCCCAGAAUCCAAUUUCCUAGUGUUCGAGGCAACAGUUCGAUCUUGUCGUGAUGGCUGUCAACCAGCAUAUUGCUCGGGAAGUGCAGGUCGCAGUGAACCGUCAUUUGGAAAACGUAGACGAAGAUCCCUCGAGACUCUUCCCGAAGAACUGAUCGCCAUGAAAAAUGACACUGAAACCAAGGGGGACAGCCAAAUCGAGGAGGAAAAUGAGGAAGAUGAGGAGGAGAAGGAAGAGAACGAGGAGGAACACGUGAGGGAGAUGAUCGAAGUACUCGACUCGAGGUACGACAUGUACGAGGAUAACUCCGUCAUUCAGAAACAAGUGGCGAGUGUUGAAUCGAUAUGCAUAACUCCCAAUGAGUAUUACGGGCUUGUCACUGCUGUCGUGGGGCUUGUCAUCCUCCUGUCAUCCGUCAUCAUGUUGUCAUUGUUAAUUUAUAGGAAAUACGGAUAUUCGAUAAUUCGAAAAAAUCGAACCAUCGACAAAGGUCUCCACACAUCCUCCACCGGCGAAUCUUCUAACCCUCGAAUCAACAACUUCUCAUUCAUGAGAUCAGGCCUCCAGAAACCGUUUCAAACGUCAUCGUUGAGCGAGAUAUUCAAUCAUACGUCGUCAUCAGCGAUGGAGGGUGCCGUUGGGUUGACGGUGAAUCGUCGCAGUGGCUUUGACCCCAGUGAGCCCAUCUACACCGACCCAUCGCUCUUCGAGGUAUCACGUGGUUCCUUAGAUCAAUUUAAAUCCACUCGAAACGAUAGUUUACAUUUGAUAUGAUUAGUCAAUGUCACUCCGUAAUUCACAUUGUUCAUGUAAAGGACGAGGAGCAAACUGGGCACUAAACCCUUUAUCAAGCGUAAAGCCGCUGCCAAUAAAGUGGAAUAAUUUUUUCCCUCAAACACUUGAUCUUCUUCGAGCGUAAAUUCGAAGGGGCAUUUGAAGGGUGUCAGAAGUAAAUGAGCACUAAAUCUCUUUUCAAACGUUAAAACCCCAUUCAACUGUUGGUGGAGCCUUCAUACUCGACUCAUUAAUUUAUUCUCGGCUCUUGAAUGUCUGGAAAUACGUUUCUUGUAUCCAUUUUGCUCUGACUCCUCUACUUCUGCGACAUUGAGGAGAAUGAAGGGGAUAUCCUCCUCCAGGGCUGGGUGAAAAUCCAUUCAAAUCUUUUCCCUCUUUCAUUUCUAUUCAUCGUUGGAGGCUUCUUAAAAAAUUGAAUCACGUUGCAUCGCUUCCCUGAAGUAGUAUUCACUCUCUCGAGUCAGACUAUUUUCAUCUAAAACGAAUAGUUUAUAAAAAUGUGUCAGAAUUCUCCGCCGAUAUCUCUCUCUCUCCCAAAACAGAGAAUUGCUGAUAUACGAGAAUAAAAAAAAAUCUAAAUGAGAGAAAAAAAAUGUUUGACUAUUAGAGAAGAAUAAAAAAAAAUGCUGAUAUCAUAAUUAUAAAUAACACCCAGCCCUGUCCCCAGUCCCGCUCUCUCUUACUCAUCAAUAAAUAUAAAAAAAUAUAAAACUUAAUUGUUUAACAAUGGUAAAU